AUGAAGCAAGUCUCCUUACCGCUCGAAACCCUGCAGGCUUGGUCCCAUUUCAACAACAUCCAGCUUUUCGGAGCUUCAGUUGAACCUCAACUGGUCACAGGGGAUGGUAUCGACAAAGGAGGCGGACUGGUGGCAAACACUGAUCUUGGGCCGGGAGAGCCAAUCUUAGCAGUCCCAUUGGAGCUUGUCUUGUCAAAAGAACGAGUUGAAGAAUGUGCCAAAUCAGACAAACAUCUGAGAGAACUGAUCGACGCAGCAGGCCCGUUAUUUCAGGUGGGUCGGCGCAAAGGUGAUGGCUUUUAUGGCCCGCACCAGAAUCCUCGCGCUGCAGUCCUCCUAUUCCUCGUCUAUCAGAUGACGAUCAACAGUUCCGACAGCGAAAGUCGCCACCUUGGAUUGAAAACUCCUUUCGCUGAUUACCUCAAAUUUCUGCCCAAGGACACCCCACUCCCUACAUUUUACACAUUGGAGGAAAGGGAAUUACUCAUCGGCACCUCCCUUUCUGAAGCCUUGGAGCAAAAACUCAGCAGCCUCGAACGGGAGUUCGACAGACUAAGGGCAGCCACCGAAACAAUACCCUGGUGUCGGGACCUGUGGUGGGACGAGUUGACGGGUCACCUCGACAUCGGAGAUUGGAAACUUGCAGAUGCCGUUUAUCGAUCUCGCGCCUUGGAGCUACCACGAGGGGCCACCGUUGGCAUGGUCCCUGUGGUGGAUAUGGCAAAUCAUGCCUCUGAUGAUCGAUAUAAUGCACGAUUUGAGGUCGACGACGAUGCAGGGUCUGUGUUGCUUGUUGUGCGGGACCGGAGAUCCAUCAGACACGGGGACGAGAUAACCAUCAUGUACGGAGCCGGUGGAGUUUGCGAGAUGGUCUUCUCUUACGGCUUUCUAGAAGAGCACGUGAGCAGCGCUAGGGAGAUAUUCCUCAACUUGUCCAUCCCAGCCGAUGAUCCCUUGCGAAUGGCCAAAAUUCGCUUUGCCCAAGAGGCGCCUGGCGUGCGUAUCUACGUGGACGACUCCGACCAGGUACACUGGGAGAGUACUUUCGUUUGGUGGACAUGCGUCAAUCAGGAAGAUGGUCUAGAUUUUCAAGUGGAGCAGACCGUCAACGGAGACACGGAGCUGAAGGCCACAUGGAAGCAGAACGAUCUCCACGCGGGAGCACUGCACUCUUUGCUUCUCCAGGAUCGUAUCCGAGAUGUGUUUGUCCUUCGUGCUGUUGUCAUCGUUCAACAAAAAGUUGAAAAUCAGGGGAUGCGACUCGCGGCUAGUGAGGAUGACUUCGAUAAUACCGUUGUCAACGGCCAAGUUCGGCAAUCCGUGUAUGAAACCAUCGGGAGACUUCGGAAGUUGGAGCUGGAACUGUUGACUAGGGCUUUUGAAACUCUAGAGAAAGAGAAGGCACGGCUCCUUGAAUCUAAUAUUGUCCGUGACUAUCUCGAACACGGUGCAGACUCGACCGGAGAAUACCCAGAUGACUUUUCGUGA